UACUAAUAAAAAUCCUAAAAAGGAUGGAGCAAAACAUGAUAGACCAAAAAGAAGAAGGAGAAAAGAAAUAUGAAACGAUAAAAGAAAGCAUGACGAAGGACUGUGAGGCCGUCACCACAGUAAUAGUGAAAAAACUCGAAACCGUAGAGGACAACCUCACGGCCGAAAUCAUCGAUCAGGACAGGAAAGUUGGGGAAAGAGUAGGAAAAGGAAAUGUAAAUACAAGUAAAAAAUGGAAACGGAAGAAUUAUUUAAAAGAGUGACGAAUACACUGAGUUGCUAUGAGCAGAAUUUAAUACUAGAUAUGAAGGAAAAUUGGAAAACAUUAGAAAAGGGGCAAAGAGACAUAAUAGAAAAAAUAGAAAAAGGGGUACAAAGGAAAGAAACAGAAAACACUAGGAAGCAUAGAAAGUCAAAUGAGAGAAAUGAAGAAGGAUACUGCAAGGGAGGUAACAGAAACACUAGACACCACAAUAAGAGAAGGUAAUAAAGAACUAAAAAAGAAAAUGUCGGAAGAAACAGCACGAAUUCUAGAAGAAAUAAACACCAUACCGACCAAAGAAAUCCAAAAACCAACCCCACUUUCAACCAUCGAAACAUAUGCUGGAAAAGCAAAAGACCCCCAACAUCCAAGGCCACAAACAUUGCACUCAAUACUAAUAACAUCUAAGGAAUCCAUGGAUACCUUAGACGAUGUGAUCAAUAAGGCGAAAGAGAUACUCAAACCGGAGGAAACAAAAACGCAAAUUGAUCGCAUUAGAAAGGUAAAAGACCAGUAUUGA